AUGGCUCUACUCUUUUUCCGUGUCAUAAAUCCAUUUGAAGAAUUUCUAGUGGCGCUCGGCCAGGCAGCGCUGCGCUUCCACGACGGCUUCGCCAACAUGGAGAUGGCUCUGGCAGAUUUCAGAUGGCACAUAACCAACCAGUCCCCCAACGAGAAGGUGGUCGAGUCAGAAGGCAGUCUGGAGACCGAGCUCGCCAUGGACGAGGCCUACGACCGCAUGGGGCCCCAGAUCAAAACGCUCAAGCGCUUGCUGGAACGGGUCAAUGAAUACACGACCGAGAAUGGAUUUCCUAUCUGGGAAGAGGUCCAACGUCCUUCUUGA